AUGGCUCGACCUCUGGAAGGAAAGUUUGGCAUCGUAACCGGAGGAUCGCGGGGGAUUGGUGAAGCGAUAGCCCGCAAUCUAGCUAAAAAAGGGUGCUCGCUCCUCUUGAACUACACAUCUGAAUCGUCACGAACCAAAACGGAAGAGUUGGCAUCAUCUUUUACAGAGUCCUUCGGUGUUCACUGCACCACGGUCCGCGCCGACCUUACCGAUGCCCAGGCAGCCAGCGAGAUAAUAAUAGACGCCUCCAAGAAGCACUUUGGCGACAAGCCCCUCCGCAUCGAUAUCCUUAUCAACAACGCUGGUGUCUCACAAGACCGAAAGCUUGCGGACUCCGCAAAAGGUCCCAUUGACGCUGAAUAUUUUCAUUGGCACUACAACAUUAAUGUACUUGCGCCGCUUCUACUGACACAAGCCUGUAUUCCAUACUUGCCCAAUGAUCGAUCCGGUCGCAUUGUCAAUAUUUCGAGUGUAUCUUCCAGCCUUGGCUUUGAGGGUCAGUCCGUAUAUGGCGGCACAAAGGCUGCUUUGGAAGCCAUGACCAGAACUUGGGCACGGGAAUUGGCAGAUCGAGCGACUGUGAAUGCAGUCAACCCCGGACCUGUGAUUGGCGACAUGUAUUUCUUGACCGGAGAGCAAUUUUGGAAGGAUAUUCAGGGCUGGCAAGACAAUACCCCUUUGAGUAAAGUUGCUCCAGAUGCAAGCGAUUUGGAGGGCUUAGAUGCCGAGAAGAUUCGGCUGAUUCAAGAGAAGAUGGGUGGUCGACGACCUGCUUUCACCAGUGAGAUUGCGGGUGUGGUUGCUAUGUUGUGUACUGAAGAUGCCGCGUGGUGUACGGGCAGUGUUGUCAAUGCUAACGGCGGCAUGAAAAUGACAACGUAG